AUGGGUGUCGUUAACAAGCGCACGCUGACCAAGACUCGGCGCAAGACUCGGGACGUCGACCAGAUCAAGGCCGAUCUCGCCUCUCCCGCCCAUCUCGCCCGCCACACAUCCUCCAAGGCUGCCGAGGAUCUGCCCGGUCUCGGUCGCCACUACUGCAUCUCCUGUGCGAAGUGGUAUGAGUCGGCUGAUGCUCUCGUGUGCCACCGCCGCGGCAAGCCGCACAGGCGCCGGGUCAAGCAGCUGACCGAGGUGCCGUAUACCCAGAAGGAGGCUGAGGCGGCCAUUGGCCUGCGGACGGACAACGGCGAGUCCACGGUCGACGCAGCUGCAAGCCGGCAAUUAAUUGGCCAGGCAUCUCAGACCGGUGACAUUGCCAUGGCAUGA